ACACUAGCGCAAAAUGUUAAUCGUACUGAACAGUCGGUUUUUCGCGAGCUUCAUCGAACGGCGGCUUCAAACGCUGGUGGAGUCCUUCGCCGACCAGGAUUCCGUGCGGACGAUCCUUCUCGAACGUGCCGGUGCUAAGUGUUUCACUCUUAUGCUCUCCACAGCGCGCACCGUUGCGGCAUCGAGCUCGAGCCGGUUGAAUUCACCCGUCGCCUGGAACCGGAAGUCGGCGCAGGAUUACUACGAUCUCGAGGCGGGCGAAACCGAACGUACGCCGCUGCUGUACGUGAAGGACAGUUCGCGUGAAGCGUGGCGAUAUCGGGCGAAGCUGCGGGCUGAUGAUCCAAACCGGGUGCAUCCGGUGGCGGUAGGUUUGAUGGUGGCGUUGCUGAUAUUCCUACUGCUUGGUGUCGUGGUUGGCGUGUAUCUGCUACUGCUAACAAUCCAACGUCCUUGGCCCGUUUCGCAUCCAUUCUUUCUAGUCGAAAGACCCGCCUGGUGGCAGUAUCCGGUAGCACUGGAGGUGGCAACUCUCGAUAAGCAAGCCGUUACGGAUGUGAUCGUGGUGGAUACGGGCUCGGAAGGAUGUCUGAAUCAGGAGAGCUGUGUGCGCUUUCUACAAAACACCGAACAAAGCUGCUGGUCGGCACGUCGUGACCACAUCCCGUACAACUUUCUCAUCGGAGGUGAUGGUGUGACGUACGAGGCACGUGGCUGGAAGAGUCAGCACGGGUUUGAGGAUCUUCCCGGCCGGAACACAACGCUAGUAGUGGGCAUGAUUGGCAACUUUACCGAUCGUCAACCGACGGCAGUACAGUACGCCGAGCUGAAAGCAUUCUUCACCGAGUCAAUUCGUCGCUUCUACCUUUCGCCACAUUAUCGACUUCACGGGUUCAUCAAUACUACCCACGCCACGAAGGACGGUACCGCCAUGUACAACCAGCUGCAGCGAUGGCCCCACUGGCAGGGAUUCGUCUGA